GCUGUCGUCCCCUCCUUCCUCUCGCACUCGACUCACGUACCCACUCACAGCAGAAGAAAAACCAUGGCCGCGCUUGCACCUCCUUCAGAUGGCAUUGGUAUCGCUAACUUGCCCAACCAGAGACAUAAAAUCGUCGCCAAGCGCGGUGCACACUUCACCGUAAUGGUGGUUGGCGAGUCCGGGUUGGGAAAGACGACCCUCAUCAACACGCUCUUCGCAACCGAACUCUCCCCUGCGAAGAACUACUCCCGGAGGCACCAAAAGCAGCUCGACAAGCUCACCGAGGUCGAGAUCAUCAAGGCUGAGCUAGAGGAGAAGCAGUUCAAGGUCAAGUUAACUGUGAUCGACACGCCAGGAUUCGGGGACUAUGUGAAUAAUCGGGACUCGUGGGUCCCGAUUAUUGACUUCGUGGACGACCAGCAUGAGACGUACAUGCGCCAGGAACAGCAGCCCCAGAGGACAGAGAAGAGUGACUUGAGGGUACAUGCGUGUUUGUAUUUCAUUCGUCCGACGGGUCAUACUCUCAAGCCUCUUGAUAUUGAGGUGAUGAAGCGUUUAGGAACGCGCGUCAACCUCAUCCCAGUCAUCGCCAAGGCCGACACACUCACGCAGAACGACCUUGCUAUCUUCAAGAAACGCAUUCGCGAAGUCAUCGCUGUCCAGGGCAUCCGUAUCUACCAGCCUCCUGUUGACCCAGAGGACGAAGCCGCUGCUGAGCAUGCGCGUAUUCUGGCCGACGCAAUUCCGUUCUCUAUCAUUGGUAGUACUGAGGACGUCAAGACACCUGACGGCCGCACUGUCAAGGGACGCGAGUAUCUGUGGGGUGUGGCAGAAGUUGAGAACGAAAACCACUGCGACUUCCGCAAGCUUCGUUCUCUGGUCAUUCGUACACACAUGCUCGACCUCAUCUCCACGACGGAAGAGCUGCACUACGAGAACUACCGCCAGCAGCAAAUGGAGACUCGCAAGUUCGGCGAGCCAAAGGUCAAGAAGCUCGAUAACCCCAAGUUUAAGGAGGAAGAAGAGGCGUUGAGGAAGCGCUUCACGGAGCAGGUCAAGGCGGAGGAGGCCAGAUUUAGGCAAUGGGAGCAGCAUCUCAUCGCAGAACGCGAUAGACUCAACAAAGACCUCGAACUCGCACAUGCCGAGAUCAAACGCCUCGAAGCCGAGCUGGACAACCUGCAAGUCGGCUAUGGACGGAGCUCUGCGAGGAGGUAAAUUGGGUAGACGUCCUGCUCCCCUGCUCCCCUGCUCCCCAAGGUUGGCAGGGAGGAUCCCAGAUCCACUUCUACCUUCUCGCCAAGCCCAACUCCACGUGUCGGUAUGCCUUUACUACCACGUGUUGGAGAAUCAUGUGGCGUUAUAGUCUUGUGUGUCCAGAAGAACACUUGUCUCUUGUCUUUCUCGUCGUGCCGUGCUUUCUUCUAUCUUCUAUCUCCGUACUAGCUUUCUUUCUUUUCCUGCCGUCUGGCCGAUUUUGAUUUUGUUAUUUCUCGUGUGUGCCGAGUGGGUCUUGAUAAGGGACACAUUUUCCUUUUUCCCUCUCUUAGUAUUUCUUUUUUUUGUUAUUACCGAUAUAUCGAGACUCGUGAAAAAUCAUACCCCGUGUUUCCUGCUUCUGCGUUUCUGCGUUCGUUAGUAAGUAGUAACACCUCUCGUCGCUCCUUCCAUGUCUUGUUUUCUCUUUUUCCUUCUCUUUAUCUCUUUGGUAACUUGUCAGUACGUCGGGUUUCUUUACUAUGCGAUAAUGUUUUUGUCGUUGAAAUCUCAUACCUGGCUG